AGGUCCCGCCGUCCCAAGUGACUCAAGUGAAUGAUGAUGAUCUAGAGAAUUGUUCCGAUGAACAAUCCGAAUAUGGAGAAGUAGAACAUACCGAAUCCCCGUUGCCACUGCAGAAACUUUACUCAAAGUUUUGUAAAGUAAACAGCCUCAAACAGUGGUCACAAUCAAGAACCUGAUUUGUCCACAUCUCUGCGAUGCGAUUAUUCGCUCCACAAAAUUCGCUGACGAGCAUCUGAUCAAAAUGCUCUAUGGGAUGAGCUUUGAAAGAUCCCGCCACGAUUUGAAGCUGAAAACAUCUGACGGCAUGCACUGCGUGAUGACAAAUAAGGAGAUUGUCUGCCUGGCAUCUCAAUUCUUCCGUCAACAUUUGAAGGACACAACGACCGAGUUCACAGUUGGAAGAGCAGAUUCAGUGGAGAGCAUUGACAUUUGUCUCACAUACAUGAUCACUGGAAUCUACAAAAAACCUGCUCAAUUUUCUCCAAAACUCGCUUCAGAGAUAUUUGCUUUGGCUAAUCAAUGGAAGGUUUUGGAGCCGAAAGUCCUCAAGAACUCGAUUGAAAAGCAUUGCUGUGAGGAGUUACAAAAGAACUAUGAGGAUAUCAUGUACGUGUGCAAUAUGCUCAUCAUCGCCGAAGACGCUCACUUUACCAACGUUCAGAGCUGCUGCAUUGCCACUUUGGUCUUCUAUCACGUACGCGAUUUCAUUCGGAUUAUUGUUAAUGGGAAUCACCCACUGAAGAGUGCUUCUCUCAACGUCGAGAGUUCCUGAAACCAUCACUGACGAUGCAGGCGAAGAGAGCAUUUGCUGCGUCGAAUGAGGCAAAGUGUUUCAUCAAGUUCCUUCCGGCCAUCGGAGAAGAUUAAUUUGGAAGAAAGAGUACUAUUGAUAACUGUUUUUUGCCAAUUUUUUCCGUGAAUAAAGUUUUAGUGGUCGACACCUUGUGGGCUCGUUUUUUCAAUAGAAAAAUAAAGUUCCACCAAAAGCGAGCCCAUGUGGUGUACGCGGUUGUAUUAUUUUCUGAAAAUAUUAGUUGAAAAGAUUUUGUCCGAAUAAAAAUUUGUUUAAU